AUGCCGCCCGAGCGGAGAAGCCGAAGGAAAGCGGGUCGCGGGCCCGGCGCGAAGCCGGAGCGGAAGGUCCGGAAGCGGCCGGAGCCGAGAGCCGGAGAGGGGCCGCGCGGGCCGCCCCGCAAGGCUGCUCCUUCAUCCCCGCGCGAAGCCCCGGCCGGGCCGAGCGCCGCGACCGCUGCAGUCGCCGUCGCGGCGGCGGUGGCGGAGGAGAAGCGGCUCCGGCAGCGGAACCGCCUCACGCUGGAGGAGGACGAGCCGGGCGUGGAGCGGUGCCUGGAGGAGCUGGUGUUCGGCGACGCGGAGGCCGACGAGGACGCGCUGCUGCGGCGGCUGCGGGGCCCGCGGGUUCAAGUUCGGAAGGACUCUGAUGACUCAGAAGUGGAGAAUGAAGCAAAAGAUAAUUUUCCACCUCAGAAGAAGCCAGUUUGGGUGGAUGAGGAAGAUGAAGACGAGGAAAUGGUUGAGAUGAUGAACAAUAGGUUUCGGAAAAACCUGAUGAAAAAUUCCAGUGAGAGUAAACUUUCAAAGGAAAAGCUUGAAGAGCGACUUAAAGAAGAGAAGAUGACUCGUUUAGCUCCGCACAGGAUGAAGAAUUGCCAACCUGCUAAUGCUGAACGUCCUACUUCUGCUCGGAUCUCAUCUGUGCAGUUUCAUCCAGGUGCACAAGUUGUGAUGGUUGCUGGACUAGAUAACUCUGUAUCGUUAUUUCAGGUUGACGGCAAAACGAAUCCUAAAAUCCAGAGCAUCUAUUUGGAAAAGUUUCCGAUCUUUAAGGCUUGUUUUAGUGCUAAUGGAGAAGAGGUUCUGGCUACGAGUACCCAUAGCAAGGUUCUUUAUGUCUAUGAUAUGCUGGCUGGAAAGCUAAUUCCUGUGCAUCAAGUGAGAGGUUUGAAAGAGAAGAUAAUAAGGAGUUUCGAAGUUGCCCCAGAUGGGACCUUCUUGCUCAUAAAUGGUGUUGCGGGAUAUUUGCAUUUGCUGUCAAUGAAGACUAAAGAAUUGACUGGUAGCAUGAAAAUCAACGGGAGGGUUGCAGCAUCCACAUUUUCUUCAGAUAGUAAGAAAAUAUAUGCAUCUUCUGGGGAUGGGGAAGUUUAUGUUUGGGAUGUGAACUCCAGAAAGUGCCUUAACAGAUUUGUUGAUGAAGGCAGUCUCUAUGGAUUGAGCAUUGCUACAUCGAGGAAUGGACAGUACGUUGCUUGUGGUUCUAAUUGUGGAGUGGUAAAUGUCUAUAAUCAAGAAUCUUGUCUCAAAGAAACAAACCCAAAGCCAAUAAAAGCUAUAAUGAACUUGGUUACAGGUGUUACGUCUCUGACCUUUAAUCCUGCUACAGAAAUCUUGGCAAUUGCUUUGGACAAAAUGAAAGAAGCAGUCAGAUUGGUUCACCUUCCUUCCUGUACAGUAUUUUCAAACUUUCCAGUUGUGAAAAAGAAGACUAUUUCUCUUGUUCAUACCAUGGAUUUUUCUCCCAGAAGUGGGUAUUUUGCCAUGGGGAAUGAAAAGGGCAAGGCUCUACUGUAUAGGUUGCACCAUUAUUCAGACUUCUAGAGAAAUUGUUCGAAGUUCAGCUGAGCCACAUGAAAAGAAUAUCCUGAUAAAUCUUAGAAAUUUUACAGAAUGUAUAAUAUGAUUUAUUGGUCCUGUUAUACCUAUUUAAUAGAAUUGUCUUA